UUUGAAGAAACCCAAAUUCAAAGGUACUCAAUUUCAUCUGAACCCUGGUCCCUUUCUUCAAACCAAAGAAUGAUUACACCAAAUCCAAGUUUCCCCUAUAAAUGACUAUUCUCAUAUAAUAUAAAGUUUACUUCUCUUCUCUCCCUCUCUACCUCUUCUUUUAUCCAUUUACUUAUUAAUGUUUCUAAAAAUUUGCAAAACCCUUGAUAAAAUAAACUUUUGAUUCCAUCACAAACCCUGUAUUAAUAUCACCAUUAUGUACCCAUAUGCCCAAAACUUUCGCAACACUCAACCCUAAUAAUUUUUUGUUGAAUCAUUCUUUAUUGUUUUCUGUUCUUCUGGGGUUUCUUAGAGAAAGUGAUUAUGUGUUUAAUGUGUUUGUUGGGAGAUGUGUCAGAAACAUCAAGGAGACGAACAACAACAAUAAGGAACCCUAUUAAAUGUUGUCUUUUGAAUUACUCGAGAAGAAGAAAACAACAGCACAUCAGAUGUUUUCAUCAUCAUCAUAGUCCGCACCAAGUUUCAUUCAAGUCCAUUACCAUGUUUUCUUCUAGCUUCCUCAGAUUGGUUCUAUUACUAUGUCUUGUCUCUUCUUCCUUCUCCACCGCUUCUCCCUCAAAUACUACCGCCGCCGAUCAAACUCUCAGGCCGCAAGAAGAGCUCCAGAAGCUGAAACUGAUUAGACAAGAACUCCAAAAAAUCAACAAGCCCGCCGUCAAAACCAUUCAGAGCUCAGAUGGAGAUACAAUAGAUUGUGUUUUGUCUCAUCAGCAACCUGCUUUCGAUCAUCCUCUCUUACAGGGACAGAGACCAAUGGAUCCACCUGAGCUCCCCAAAGGAUACAUCAAAGAUGAAAAAUCCUACGAAGAUUCUCAACUAUGGAGUUUAUCCGGCGAGUUUUGCCCGGAAGGCACAAUUCCGGUAAGAAGAACAACGGAACAAGACAUGCUAAGAGCAAGUUCUGUUCGGAGAUUUGGUCGGAAAAUCAGGCGCGUGAGGAGAGAUUCCACAAAUAACGGACACGAACAUGCGGUGGGAUACGUAUCCGGGAGACAAUACUACGGAGCUAAAGCAAGUAUAAACGUAUGGUCGCCACGUGUUGCUAGCCAACACGAGUUCAGUCUUUCUCAGAUUUGGGUUAUCGCCGGUUCGUUCACUCACGAUCUUAAUACCAUCGAAGCCGGUUGGCAAAUUAGUCCUGAGCUAUACGGAGAUACUUACCCAAGAUUCUUUACCUAUUGGACGUCCGAUGCAUACCGAUCGACGGGUUGCUACAAUUUGUUGUGUUCCGGUUUUGUUCAAACCAACCGGAGAAUCGCGAUAGGAGCUGCAAUUUCUCCUAGAUCUUCGUAUCGAGGUGGACAAUUCGAUAUAAGCUUAUUAAUCUGGAAGGAUCCCAAGCACGGUCACUGGUGGCUACAAUUCGGGUCGGGUACAUUAGUCGGUUACUGGCCAGCGUUUCUAUUCACGCAUCUAAAGCAACAUGGGAGCAUGGUCCAGUUCGGAGGCGAGAUUGUGAAUACCCGACCUGGUGGUUCACACACUUCGACCCAAAUGGGCAGUGGCCAUUUUGCCGGUGAAGGUUUUGGUAAAGCAUCGUAUUUCCGGAAUCUCCAAGUGGUUGAUUGGGACAAUACUCUUCUUCCCGUUUCGAAUCUAAAGAUUCUCGCUGAUCAUCCCAAUUGUUAUGAUAUAAGAGGUGGGACGAAUCGUGUGUGGGGUAAUUAUUUUUAUUAUGGAGGUCCAGGGAAAAACCCUAGAUGUCCAUGAAGAAUCAGGAAACGUACGUUACUAUUAUUCUUUACAUGUAGUGGCUUAAUGAUUUUUGAGAUUAGAAAGGAAUUUACAAGUAUCUUUGCGGCUAGGUGUGUUUGCAAAUAUCAUGUGGAUGAAUUUAUCACCACGAGGGCACUUUGUUUUUGUUUUUUCACAGAUGGUAAGUAUAAAGUUGGGCAGUGUUAUAUUUUUUGUUUGUUUUAUUUUUAGGAAAUUGUGAUAUUUUACGGAUUUUUGUAAUGUGUAAAUGUAGACUAUUCAUAAGACCGAAUGUUGUAUUGUCAU